UUCCCUAAACAAUCGCAUAUCCAGACCUUUAGUGUUCACUGUGGAGCUACUUUUGCAUCAUGCUCCACUUCCAAGUAUUUCUUCUCCUCUCGUCUCUCCUCUCGACCUCCCUCGUCACCGCAGGCGGCGACUACGGCCCUGAUAUCUGCCUCGAAGGCUUCGUCUGGCGCGAAGCCACCCCAGACGAUCAUGUCUGCGUAAAACCCUCCUCUCGCGACGCCGCUACCUGGGACAAUUCGCAGCAAGCGAGCCGCCAAAACGCCGACGGAACCUGCAAAGGCAAAUGGGUCAAGCGCCGCGCGACCGCAAGCGACACCGCCUGCGUAAGCCGCACCCGCAAAAUCUUCACCAACUUCGACAACGCCGCCGGACCCGACCGCCGGCUUUCGAUGAACGUCUGGUUCGGCCCGUCGUGGGAUAUGUGCCCGCCUUGCCCGCAUCCCUCGUGCAAUGGCGAUAUCUGCGAGGUCCAUUUCUGCGACUUUUGCCACAGGUAUCUGCAGAUUGAAGGCGAUCAUUUCAACUUGGGGACAAACAACAUCGAGAUCUGGAUGAAUAGGCCGAACUACGACAACGAGCAUUCAAUCCGAUACAAGACAGUCAGUGGGACGGCGUUGGCUGGGAAGAUUGCUGGUGGGUUUGUUCAGCGAGUCGAAAUUGAUGAUUAG